CUUCCAAACAAAUUUGUGCUUUCCCUUCCCAUCUUCAUCGGUUCCUCCUCUCCACGCUCACACAAUUUAUGCUAUUCCUCGCCCAGUGGCUCCAUCUUCCCGGCUCCGUCCCUCACUGCUCCUCGGGUUUUGUACUGCUUUUGCAUCGACGAGGCCACGGCCAUGGCCGCCACGUCGUGCGCGCUAGUCUCGGCCCUCGUAGUCGGCCGGCGCCGCGGGCCGUCCUGCCAGCGCGCGGCGGCCGCCGGUGUGGUUCGAUGCUCGCUCGACAGCAAGGUCUCCGACAUGGCCAUCAACGCACCGAAAGGACUGUUCCCGCCGGAGCCUGAGCACUACAGGGGCCCGAAGCUCAAGGUCGCCAUCAUAGGUGCCGGCCUCGCCGGCAUGUCCACCGCAGUAGAGCUCUUGGACCAGGGACAUGAGGUUGAUCUGUAUGACUCCCGAACUUUUAUUGGCGGCAAGGUUGGUUCUUUUGUCGACAAGCAUGGGAACCAUAUCGAGAUGGGGCUGCAUGUCUUCUUUGGUUGUUACAGCAAUCUUUUCCGCCUCAUGAAGAAGGUUGGGGCUGAUAAUAAUCUACUAGUCAAGGAACAUACCCAUACUUUUGUAAAUAAAGGGGGCAUUGUUGGUGAACUUGAUUUUCGGUUCCCUGUGGGAGCUCCAUUACAUGGUAUCCAAGCAUUUCUAAGAACCAAUCAACUCAAGGUUUAUGAUAAGGCAAGGAAUGCAGUUGCUCUCGCCCUAAGCCCAGUUGUUCGAGCUCUUCUUGAUCCAGACGGUGCAUUGCAACAAGUACGGGACUUGGAUGAUGUAAGUUUCACUGAUUGGUUCAUGUCUAGAGGUGGUACUCGAGAGAGCAUCACAAGAAUGUGGGAUCCUGUUGCUUAUGCUCUUGGUUUUAUCGACUGUGAUAAUAUCAGUGCUCGAUGCAUGCUUACUAUUUUCACCCUGUUUGCCACAAAGACAGAGGCAUCUUUGUUGCGCAUGCUAAAGGGCUCACCUGAUGUUUACUUAAGUGGCCCAAUAAAGAAGUACAUAACAGACAGGGGUGGUAGGUUUCACUUGAAGUGGGGAUGCCGAGAGGUUCUCUACGAUAAGUCACCCGAUGGAGAGACCUAUGUGAAAGGCUUUCUCAUCUCUAAGGCUACAAGUAGUGAGAUAAUCAAAGCAGAUGCAUAUGUUGCAGCUUGUGAUGUCCCAGGGAUCAAAAGACUAUUACCAUCGGAAUGGAGGGAAUGGGAUAUGUUUGACAAUAUAUACAAGUUAGAUGGUGUUCCUGUAGUCACUGUUCAGCUUCGCUACAAUGGAUGGGUUACUGAAGUCCAAGACUUGGAGAAAUCAAGACAACUCCAAAAAGCAGUUGGCUUGGAUAAUCUACUCUAUACUCCAGAUGCAGACUUCUCCUGUUUUUCAGACCUUGCACUGUCAUCUCCUGCUGACUACUACAUUGAAGGACAAGGUUCCCUGAUCCAAGCUGUGCUAACUCCAGGUGAUCCGUACAUGCCAUUGCCAAAUGAGGAGAUUAUUAGCAAGGUUGAAAAACAGGUCUUAGAUUUGUUUCCAUCAGCCCGAGGCUUGGAAGUUACAUGGUCCAGUGUGGUAAAGAUCGGACAAUCCUUGUACCGUGAGGCUCCUGGAAAUGAUCCAUUUAGACCUGACCAGAAGACACCAGUUAAAAAUUUCUUCUUGUCUGGCUCUUACACGAAACAGGACUACAUUGACAGCAUGGAAGGAGCAACUCUUUCUGGCAGGCGAACAGCAGCCUACAUCUGUGGUGCUGGAGAGGAGUUAUUAGCCAUUCGAAAGAAGCUCAUUGUCGAUCACAGCGAGAAGGCCUCCGGGAUGGUUCAAAUGUUGCAAACAAGUUAAACCUUGCAAUCACCAAAGCCAGAAUGCCAAACUAUAGGUUUCAGGGUUAUAGGCGAUUGUCAACAGUGAUUUCUAUAAAUCUUGUUUGCGCAUUAGAUUUGGUGCUGCCUUUUUUUUAGCCGUGACACAUUUGCACAUCGCAUGUUCCUAUCUUACAAUUGGCAACCAGGUGUCUAAGUGGCAUAUAGGAAUAUAUCAGGCAGCGUGUAUGUUCAGUUAAACCUUAGCCCGUCAUUCGAAUGAUUGAUGUCAUAUUGCACAUUUUCCACAAUUAUCCUGAGAAAUGCAUGAGUUUUUGUCUGGGAAGAUACCCACACCAUUA